AUGUCUUACAGAGCUACUUCUGCCAAAUUGGCUGCUAGAAUGAUUUGCAACUCUAGAGUUGUUGCUUCUAAACGUGCUAUGUCUUUAAUGGCUAGAUCUCGUCCAACUGUUCGUUCUACUGUUGUUAAUGCCGCCAUCAAGCCAUUGAUCGCUUCCAGAGGUAUUAAGCAAAUUAACUUUGGUGGUACCGUCGAAACCGUCUAUGAACGUGCUGACUGGCCAAGAGAAAAGUUAUUGGAAUACUUCAAAAAUGAUACCUUAGCUUUGAUUGGUUAUGGUUCUCAAGGUUACGGUCAAGGUUUGAACUUGAGAGACAACGGUUUAAACGUUAUCUUGGGUGUUAGAAAGAACGGUGCUUCUUGGAAGGCUGCUAUUGAAGACGGUUGGGUUCCAGGUGAAAAUUUAUUUGAUGUUACCGAAGCUGUUAAGAAAGGUACAUACGUCAUGAACUUAUUAUCUGAUGCUGCUCAAUCUGAAACAUGGCCAACUAUUGCUCCAUUGUUGACUAAAGGAAAGACUUUAUAUUUCUCCCAUGGUUUUUCACCAGUUUUCAAGGAUUUGACUAAAGUUGAACCACCAAAGGACAUUGAUACCAUCUUGGUUGCUCCAAAGGGUUCUGGUAGAACUGUCAGAUCAUUAUUCAAGGAAGGUCGUGGUAUUAACUCCUCUUAUGCCGUUUGGAACGAUGUUUCUGGUAAGGCCCACGAAAAAGCACAAGCUUUGGCUGUUGCCAUCGGUUCCGGUUAUAUUUACGAAACCACUUUUGAAAAGGAAGUCAACUCAGAUUUGUAUGGUGAAAGAGGUUGUUUGAUGGGUGGUAUCCAUGGUAUGUUCUUGGCUCAAUAUGAUGUUUUGAGAGAAAACGGUCACUCUCCAAGUGAAGCUUUCAAUGAAACUGUUGAAGAAGCUACUCAAUCCUUAUACCCAUUGAUUGGUAAGUAUGGUAUGGACUACAUGUACGAUGCUUGUUCUACCACAGCUAGAAGAGGUGCUUUGGAUUGGUACCCAAUCUUCAAGAAGACCUUGAAACCAGUCUUUGUUGAUUUAUAUGAAUCUGUUAAGAACGGUUCUGAAACAAAGAGAUCUUUGGAAUUCAACUCUCAACCAGACUACAGAGCCAAGUUGGAAUCUGAAUUGGACACUAUUAGAAAUAUGGAAAUUUGGAGAGUCGGUAAGGAAGUCAGAAAGUUAAGACCAGAAAACCAAUAA